AUGUUAGAUAUUGCUUCUGUGAAUGCACGUGUUUUAUAUAAUUGCAAAAAUAUAAACUCACCAAAACCACGUCGAAAGUUUGGAAUAAUAAUAGGAAAAGAGCUUAUUAUUCCUCAUAUGAAACGACGACUAUUACAAGAAAGACUACCUAGAGAAAUACCACAAAUUAUUAAAAGAAUACUAGGAGAUAAUACUGACGAAGCAACUCAAGCAACUUCUUAUAACCCAAACAAACGACGAAGGUGUUACGUGUGUCCAAGUUCUAAUGAUACGUAA